AUGGCCUUGGGAUUGGCCCCGGACGAAUGCAGAGGCUGCCACCACGCAGCUCUGGCCCCACCUCCCCCCACUGGCGCUGGACUGUGCAGCCCCUCUGAGGCCGGGGGUCCCUCCGCAGGCGGGCCAGGCAACCUGAGGCUGGCAAACAGACACAGCCCGUGUGAUGGCGUGGUGCUGGUCCAACACGAGGGCCAGUGGGGACACGUGUGCAACCGGGAGUGGACGCUGGCGGAGGCAUCCGUGGUCUGCAGGCAGCUGGGCUGCGGCUGGGCCGUGGGCGCCCCCAAGUACGUCCCGCUGCCCGGAGAGAAGACGGCGGCCGUGCUCCACAACGUGUCCUGCAGGGGCGGCGAGUCCUCGCUGUGGGAGUGCAGCCUCGGGGCGUGGACGCGCAGCCCCUGCCCCCACGAGUGGACGGUGGUCGUGCUGUGCUCGAACGGAACUUUCCGGGAGAUCCGGCUGGUGAAGGGCCGGAGCCCCUGUUCGGGGCUCCCCGAGAUCAGGAACGCGAACAGCGUGGAUCGCCUCUGCGGCCUGCACGAGGAGGAGGCUACCGUGUUCUGCCGGGAGCUGGGCUGCGGCCCCGCGCUGCAGGCUUCCCGCCACGACGCGGGCGGCGGCCAGAAGUACAUGACGUGCGAGGGCACCGAGCCGACCAUCCGAAACUGCAGGCUCAACAACCGGCUCCGCAGCGGCUGCGACUUCCAGCAGGACAGGGAGGUGGUGUGCUCAGGACACACCGAGGCCCGGCUGGUGGGCGGCGAGCACCCCUGUGCUGGGCGCCUGGAGGUGCAGCGUGGCCUGACCUGGGGCACCGUCUGUGACGACGACCUGGACCAGGCCACGGCCCACGUGGUGUGUCGGGAGCUGCAGUGCGGCUUGGCUGUGUCCACGCCCCGGGGCGCCCACUUUGGCCAGGGUUCCGGGGCCGUGUGGACGGAGGCCUUCCGCUGCGUGGGCAACGAGUCCCUGUUGUUCCACUGCCUCCGGGGGCCUGGGCACCAGUGCGGGCACAGCCAGGACGCCGGGCUCAGGUGCUCAGAGUUCCGGCUGGUCAACGGCAGCAGUCGCUGCGAGGGGCGCGUGGAGCUCCAGGUGGAGGGGGCCUGGGCACCCCUCUGUGCCGCCCACUGGGACUUGGCAGAUGCCACUGUCCUCUGCCACCAGCUCAAUUGCGGCGGCGUGGUGGCCACUCCUCGAGGAGGCCAUUUUGGGCGCGGGGAUGCUCCCAUCUGGCCCGACAGGUUCCACUGUGUUGGGACAGAGCCCUAUCUGUGGAAUUGCCCCGUGAGCACCCUGGGGGCCCCCGCCUGUGCCCCGGGAAAUACUGCCGCCGUGGUCUGCGCAGAUCUCCUCCAUGCCCUGCGGCUGAGGGACGGCCAGAGCCGCUGUGAUGGCCGCGUGGAGGUGUCUCUGGACGGUGUGUGGGGCCGCGUCCUGGACGAUGCGUGGGACCUGCAGGACGCGCGUGUCGUGUGCAGGCAGUUGGGGUGCGGAGAGGCGGAACGAGCCUAUGAUGCGCCCGCGCCGAGCCGAGGGGCCGGCAAGGUGGGGCUGAGCCGCGUGCGCUGCCUGGGCACCGAGACCCGCCUGACCCAGUGCAACGUGUCUGCGUCCCAGCUAGCGUCCUCGGGGGCUUCGCGGGACGUGGGCGUCGUGUGCUCCGGGAGCCACCGGGUGCGGCUGGUCGCAGGGCCCGGCCGCUGUGCGGGGCGCGUGGAGGUGCUCCAUGCCGGCGAGUGGGGCACGGUGUGCGACGACGGCUGGGACCUCCGGGACGCGCACGUAGUCUGCCGGCAGCUGGGCUGUGGCCACGCCCUCCGCGCCCCGGGGGCCGCUCACUUCGGGGCGGGCGCCGGGCGCAUCUGGAUGGACGAGCUUGGCUGCGGGGGCCACGAGGCGGCGCUGUGGCAGUGCCCCGCGCGCGGCUGGGGCCGGCACGACUGCGCGCACAAGGAGGACGCCGGCGCCUUCUGCUCAGGGUCGGUGGCCCUGAGGCUGCGGGGCGGCGCCCAGCCCUGCGCCGGGUGGCUGGACGUGUUCUACAACGGCUCGUGGGGCGCCGUGUGCAGUAACGCCCUGAGGGACGCCUCCUUGUCCGUGGUCUGCCAGCAGCUGGGCUGUGGGCGCCAGGGCUGGCUGGAGAACAGGCCCGUCCACGCGGGCCUGGGCGUCUCCUGGGUGGACAGCGUUGAGUGCCGCAGGCUGCGGAGCUUCACGCUGUGGCAGUGCCCCUCCGCCCCGUGGGACCCGCACUCCUGCACCCGCGGAGAGGAGGCCUGGGUCACCUGUUCAGGAUCACCCGAGAAAACAACGCAGGACUCCAGGGAGACGCUCAACUGCCCGCCCACCGGCAGCUGCCCAGGUACGACUCUGGCCACGGUCAGCUCGGCAUCCCAGUCCCGCCCUGUGGUGACCACGCCCCCGUUUCCGGAGGAGGGCGCAGUGCGCGUGCGCGGGGGUGAAGACCGCUGCUCAGGCCGCGUGGAGCUCUGGCUCGCCGCCUCCUGGGGCACCGUGUGCGAUGACUCCUGGGACCUGGCGGACGCGGAGGUCGUGUGCCGCCAGCUGGGCUGCGGCGGGGCUGUCAGCGCCCUGGCAGGGGCCGCCUUCGGUCCAGGCUUAGGGCCCGUGUGGCUGGACGAGGUGGGCUGCCGGGGCAGCGAGGCAUCCUUGUGGGACUGCCCGGCGGAGCCCUGGGGACACGCGGACUGUGGGCACAAGGAGGACGCAGGCGUGCGCUGCUCCGGUGAUAGGGGGGCCACGGUCUGGCCACCAGCGUCAGGCCCUCACCUGACCCCACUACCUGCCCUCAAGGCUGGGACGCUGCCCAUGACCUUCUGCAUCAUCCUGGGCACCCUCCUGGGCAUCGUCUCCCUGCUGCUGGGGGCGCAGUGGUGCCGCAGAGCAGCCUGCAGGGGUUCUGGAAUGUUGGAGAACCUGCCCUCGGAAGGCGUUUAUGAGGACAUCGGAGCUGUCCCCAUGGAGGAGAAGGUCGAGGGGCCCAGUGUGCCCCAGGACCUGGUGCUGGAGGAGGACUAUGACGACGCCUGGGAGCCGCAGCGUGGCCCCGAGGAGGAGGAGGAGGAGGAGGAGGAGGAGCAGGAGAGGGCGCCCUUGAGCGCGGCGGGUGCGCCCCUGUGCUCCGCCCUGUCCUUCGUGCUGGCCCUGCUGUACUGCGCCUAUGUCCGCGGCUCUGCUCUGGGCAGCACCUACAUUUAAAGGCCCUGAGAGCCCCUCUGUGUGUGUGUCCAGAACCCUCACUCCCGUCCCCGGCUUGGGCGUUGGCCCUCGCUGUCCAGUCGGAGUGGCUCGUGACUGUGGAGUCUCACGGGUGGGCGUGGCGUUUAGGGGGGCCGCAGCUGUUAUUUGGGUUUCUGUCAUCGGCACAGAGUCCGGUCAGCCUCACGGGGUCCUGGGCAGGCAGUGGGAGGGGGCACGGUGUGGCCCGCUUCGUGCACCCCCAGCUCACUGUCCAGCUCUGGUCCGGCCCUCUGGGUUUGGGGUGUCGGACCGUCCAGGGCCCAGAGACCCUGGGGGGUCCGAGGAACUGCUGAGGACCCGAAGCUCGUCUUUCUCCUCUAACACAGGUGGGCUCCUCGCAGCCUGGGCACCAGAGCUCGGGCCGGGGCGGAAGACCUCGCCGGCCCCUGCCGCAGGAGGUGGUGGCCGUGAGCUGGCCUUGGGGGGCACCAGCGAGACUCCCGGGGACUUCCGCUGUCCUCAUUUCUAAACAGGAUGCCAUUCAACUCCCCGUGAGCUUC